AUGUCCUCUAAUAGUGAUUCUCCUGGAAUUAGAGGCCCUUCUCAUGCUAGGGAGAAUCGAACUCCAGAAAGAGAACCUGGUCCUUCGAAAGUGACAGUUUCCACUUCCAUGUCUCAGGGAAGAUCAGUGGAAAGGAAAGAGAAGACUUCUAGAUCUGUUAGUCUCUCUCCUUCCAGAAGUAUUUCUCCUAAGGAAGCAAGAUCACCAGAUAGAGAUUCUUCCAAAAGAACUCGCUCCCCUUCUAUGGUAGAAUUGGAAGACGUGUCAGAGGAGGAAACCCCAACCAACGAGGGUGUUUCCAAUUAUAAAGUAUUGGCUUCUCUUCUCCUUCAAGAGUUUGGAGAUUCGCUAAGCCCUGCAGCUCCUCCUUCUCCUAGAUCUCUUUUCUCGAGUACAAAAACUCCGAAGUCCUCUUCAUAUUUAAAGAUGAAGCCAGCCAUUUCAAUGAAGAAGGCGCUUCAAUCCUUAAAUACAUGGAUGAGCUCGAAGAAAGAAGCUUUAAAGACAGUUUAUUGCUCUCCUCCCUGUAAGCUCGGAGAGAGCCGGGGAGGAGGAGGAGGAGGAGGAGGAGGAGGAGGACGAGGACGAGGAGGAGGAGGAGGAGGAGGAGGAGGAGGAGGAAAAAUGAUUACCUCGAGCCAGAGCCGAGAAGGAGGAGGAGGAGGAGGAGGAGGAGGAGGAGGAGGAGGAGGAGGAGGAGGAGGAGGAGGAGGAGGAGGAGGGGAGGAGGAGGAAAAUGAUUACCUCGAGCCGAACCAAAAUCUCACUAAUUCUCCCUCUAUGAGGAUAAUUGGUAAGGAGGAUUUGAUGGUCUUAAAAUCAUCCAAAUAUUUCGAACUUUCAGGGGCAAUUAAACUCUUAGAGGAGGAGGGGAAGGAGGAGGAGAAGGAGCAGGAGGAGGAGCAGGAGGAGGUGGAAGAGGAAGAGGAGGAGGAAGGAAGAAUCUAA